AUGCAAGAUAUACAUUCAAUUAUUGGAGGUGGCGGAGGGCGGUUUUACGGCGGUGGUGGAGGUGACAGAAGACUAAGGCUUAACCAACCCCAAGCCGUAAAGUGCCCUCGUUGUGAUUCUCUCAACACAAAAUUCUGCUACUAUAACAAUUAUAAUCUCUCUCAGCCGCGUCACUUCUGUAAGAGUUGCCGGAGGUACUGGACUAAAGGCGGUAUCCUCCGUAACAUCCCCGUUGGCGGUGGUUGCCGGAAAAGCAAACGGUCCAAGUCCAACCCGUCGGCUGUUUCUACUGCUGAUGAAACUUCUCAGGAAAAUAUGUCCAAAUCCAACUCCAAUUCCGGCAGUGAAAGUUCUAGUCUUACUGCUAUUACGUCGUCCGCAGCUGCUGCAGCGAACACAUCUGUUGCUAUGACUCCAGAAGUUGGUUCAGGCAAUUCAUUUAAUUCGAAUUUGCCCGAUUUUCCGGAGUCAAGCUUUUUAGUAACUGAAACUACGAAGGGAGAUUGUAUUGAUCAGCAAUUGGUAGUUGGACAUACAACAGAAGAGCAAAUAUUUCAGAAUAUUGGGACAUACUCAUUUAAUGUGAACAACAUUUCAAUGUACCAAAACUCAAAUGAUCAGCAGUGGAAUCAGCAGCCCAAGAUUGUAGGUACUGGACCGGCGGAUGGUAUGAAGAUGCAUGAGAUGAGUGCUGCGUGUUUCUUUGAUCGGACGGUUCACGUUGAGUUAUCAGGGAGAAGGGCAAACGACGGUGGACUGGCUCCGAUGGAUUGGCAGACCGGAGGCGGCGACGGUGGGCUGUUUGGUAUGAUGGAUAACAGUGAUCAUCAGUCUUACUGGUGUCAAAGACAAUGGGGUGAAAAUGAUCACUCCUUUAAUUACCUCCCUUGA